UUGUCACAAACAUGUUGUACGCAGAGCAGAGAGAGAUUCCUGUCUUGAGGAUAACUUAAUGUUAAAUUGUAACUGUAUCAGAGAAUCUGUAGGAAGAUGCAGUGUGAGUCUGUGUCACUGCUCUCGCCCAUCACAGCUUUGCAGUUUGUGGGAGACAUGCUUGUCUCAGGUGAAGGAGCCAGUGUAAAUCUUUACACUUUGAAUUCGGCAAAUGGCUACGAGAGAAAGCUUUCUUGCAAUGUGCUUCAAAACUACUGUGUUCACGGCAUCAAACCGUGGCCUCUACAUGUGCAAACUAACAGCUCACGGCUGGCUGUGUUUGGCGCGAAAGGCCUCAUUGUGCUCGAGCUUGAAUCGUGUGCCAGAGAGCCAAAGCUGCAGAGGAUCGGGCAGCUACACGAACUGCACGACUGGAUUUGGGACCUUCAGUGGCUGGAGAGUGACUGUGAAUCGGACUUGUAUUUUGGCCUGGCUCUCGGGCACAACUCUGUGGUUCUAUGUGACUACAAGGCAAGAAGGACCUUGCGUGAAGUGCACUGCGAUGUCAAAUGUAUCCUGUACUCUGCUUGCUUUGUGGGUCACAAUUGGGACGAACUAAUUUUGAUUUCUGGAACUGUCUUUAACCAACUUGUCCUGUGGCGAAUGGAGGGUCCCACCAAUGAGGACGGUAGGGUACAAACAGAAAGACGCAUUAGUGGGCACAGUGGGGUCAUCUUCAGUAUUCAUUACUUGGAGAAGAAUGGUGUUCUUGCCUCAGCCUCCGAUGAUAGAAGCAUAAGACUCUGGGAAGUUGGGAACUUGCACCAAGCUCUGAAUGGUGGUGAUGGUGAGGUAGAUUCAGUACAGUGCCUUCUACGGUUAUAUGGGCACCAGUCCAGGGUCUGGUCAGUACGGCUCAUGGAAGAUCGUAUUAUCAGCAUUGGGGAAGAUUCAGCUUGCAUUGUGUGGAGCUAUGAUGGAGAUAUCAUUGACUGUUUUAAAGGACAUAAAGGGAGGAGUGUGAGAGCACUGGCUGUUAAUGAAGAUAAGGGCUGGUUAGUCACUGGAGGAGCAGACUCAGGUAUCAGGUUGUGGAAGAUUCAGGGGAAGAAAGCCGAAGGCAUGGCCAUUAUUCAACUCAAAUGUGGUGAAAUCUGUAAAAGGGGCACACCAAAGGCUUUGACAUUGGCUGACCCAACUCUUCUCUUGGUCCUGACUGAUGCUGGAAGUAUCUACAGCUAUUGCCUGGCCUCUGGCCAAUGGAAACUCAUCAUGGAAGAUGCAAGUUACCAGUCGUACGGCCUGUUAGCAGUCAGAAGGCUGGGCAAUGGCUGUGUUGUUUGUGCAGUCGGGAACAUUGACGGCUGGGUGAAAAUAUUCACCCUUUCUGAGCCUGUGGAGAUGCUGGAGAAUCGGGUGCACCAAGGGAAAGUGCACAGUCUCGGCUGGGCCUCCCAGGAAGGGCAGAGUCCAGAUGAGUGCCACCUUUUCUCCUCGGGUGCCGAUGGCAUCAUGAUCUGGCGGGUGGUUUCCUGCAAGGGAGAUCGGGUGGUCUCGGUGGCAGAGAAGUGCCGUUACCUCCUGCCAUUGUGCAAGCACAGGUGGCACACGAGCGUGGUGUUCCUGUCUGAGGCCCAUCUCCUGGUUUGCGGAGACCGCCGUGGCUCCUUGUUACUUUACUCCUGCGCUGGGAGAGACAGAGACAAGCAGCAAAGGCUCAGCGAAGGGAGCGUGGAUGUGGUGGUCUCGGAUGAUACAGCAGGAGGGUAUCGCCAGGGCAGAUUCCUACCUGGUUCACCUGGGAUCGUCAGCCAGCCUGACUGCGAAGGGCCACUUUCCAUUUUGCCGGGAUUGCACGGAAAGUUGGGGGUGACGUCAGUUCUAUUCCACGACGGUUUUAUAUACAGCACUGGACGGGAUGGCUACUAUCGUCAGCUGACAGUCGAAGACAAAAAGCUAAAAUUGUUAAGGAGUCAGAGAACCUGUAAGGGGAUGGACUGGCUCGAGCGACUGCUUGCGACGCCUGAAGGUGACCUCCUUGUACUUGGUUUCCAUUCCACCAACUUUGUCCUGUGGAAUGCCAAGACCAGCGAGAAGUUACUGUGCAUCCCCUGUGGUGGAGGUCAUAGGUCAUGGAGCUACUGCAACUCCCCAACCAAUGAAUUCUUUGCCUACAUCAAGUCAGGCGACAUCUUCAUUUGCCAAGGCAACUCGGGCGACUGCUCCCGGACAGUCAUCAAGGAAUGCAUGCAUGGCCGUGAGCUUACCUGUGUGCGAUUUGUGAAAAGGCUUGAAUCGUCAGCUGCUGGACCCAUAAGUAUCAUGGCGACAGGCAGCGAGGACACAACAGUGAAUAUUUUAGCCGUUUACGAAAGCUCAGGUCAUGUGUCCAAGCUGACAACGGUUGAUGACCACAUCUCCAGCGUGAGGACCAUAGCUGUGACUGGAAGUUGCCGAGCUGGUAAUGGUGACAGCUCCUCAUCUGUGUUAUUCUCUGCUGGUGGGAGAGCUGAGCUGCAAUCUUACUGCCUUCUUAUUCGACAUGUCGAUGGUGGUGCACCUCUCAGCUGUCAAGUGGAACACCUGGCUUCUCACAGGCUGGCUGAAGACUGGGAGCAUAAGAAAAACAGGCACAGGAUGCUCAAGAUGGACCCCGAGACCAGGUACAUGUCCAUUGUGGUGGUGGACACUGAGGCGAAUUUCAGGACAGCCUCCAUCUCCUUGUGUCACUUCCUGGCUGCAGCCUGCAGUGAUGGAUCCGUGAGGCUCUUUCUCGUCGAUGAAUGCAAGAGGAAGAUCAUUCUCCUUGCUGAAUCUUUCUACCAUCAGCGGUGUGUACUCAAGCUGCAGACCUUCACGUUUCAGCCCACCACCAGAGGGCGCAGGGUCUUUCUGUGCAGUGCAGCCACUGAUGGAAGGAUAGUGUUUUGGGAUAUCUCUGGAACAAUUGAGAAAGCCAAGAUGGCAACUACUCUCCCAGAAGGAGGCUGUCGGCCCUGGGUGCUAGAGGUCCCCUGUCUGGUGCUAAAUGCCCAUCAGUGUGGAGUGAAUGGACUUCACAUCAGAUGCCUAGAUCCCGGACGCUACCUGUUAGCCAGUGGCGGCGAUGAUAACGCUGUCCGUGUCUGGACAAUUGCUGUCAGGGCAGCAGGAAGCGAGGACAGUGCAGCGAGUGUUGAGGCCUCAGAAGAACAGUAUGUCGAUGCAGGAGUUUCCGUGCGGGUGACAGAGGGGCCGCGAGUUGACAGCGCACACGCUGCACACGUGACUGGAGUGAAGGUCCUGAGUCCAAGGCUGCUGGCCUCCGUCUCCAUUGACCAGCGACUGACGCACUGGGAGCUGAGCGACCGAGGCCUGUGUUUCCUGGACAGCACGUGCUGUCAUGUGGCAGAUGUUGCCGACAUGGAGAACUGGAAGGGUGCCAACUCAGGGACUCACCUCUAUGCUCUGUGUGGGCAUGGGCUGCAGAUCCUGAGGUAUCAGCAGGUGGAGAAAAACAGCCUGACAACACAAACGCCAAAUACUGGAGAUUGGAAACAGAAAGAGAAAUUGAUGGAAACACCUAGCAGUUCAGAUGGCAUGUACGGAGAGACAGAACUGGAGUCACUGUUUUAGAUCAAUGACGUCUCAUCUGAACUGGAAAAAGUUGGAAAUUAAAUAGUUCAGAACUUGAGUUGCUUUUACAAAAAAAUCAAAUUAGGACCAGGAAUAGGCCAAGUGUUGGUUUUGAUAACUCAGGUAUAAAACAUAAUGUAAGUGCCAUUUCAUUAAUCAUUACAUGGAAUUUUACUGGCACAGAAAUAGACCAUUUAGCCCAUCAGGUCUAUUCGGGCAUUUAAUGCUCCACCAAAGCCUCAUCCCACCCUACUUCAUCUCACUAUCACUGUAUCCUGCUAUUCCCCCAAGUGUAUCGCUAGCAUCUUGCAAUUUGCCUCAAUCUUCCACAUUACCACAGUAAUUUUUCUUCUGAAUUCCUUAUUGGAUUUAUUAGUGCCCUUUCCAGGUUUCUGGUCCCUAGUUUUGUUUGCCUCAUAACUGGAAACAUCUUCCACUUGUUCAAGGCCUUUAGUAAAAUUAAGACCUCUGCUGGGUCACCCUUCAGUUUUUCUGAGAGCAAAGGGUCUGAGUCCGUUCAAUCUCAUCAGAUGUGCAUUAUCUAUCCAUCCUGAUCUCACCCAUUAAAAUCUUCAGAAUGAAUAUCAUCUGUGGCAGUUGAUAUUGAAUUCUGGAAAGUGUGAGCCUGAGUUUCCACAGGGCACAGUCAGUCUGGCAUCUUAUUCACUUUAAAACAGGUAUCCAGUUAGAGAUGGGAACUGCAAUGUUUGAUCUGAACACAGCAAGACCUGCAGACCUAUCCUCGAUUAGUGAGUACAUCCCAGGUACUGAAUCUUCGAGUCUCUAUCAUGUGGAAGCAGGCCAUUCGGCCUAUCAAGUCCACAUUGGCCCUGCAAAGAGCAUCCCACCCAGACCCAUCCCCAC